AUGGAUGACCAUCACGACGUGCCGUCCGAGGCCCCGCCGCCCUACCAGGAAGUCGCUACCUCGGGCUACUAUGUCUCGGAGAGCGCAGACGUCAGAGACAAUGGCCGCAUCGACAUCGACGUCGACUCCAAGCUGGCCAAGGUGCUGGCGCGCAUGAUCCCAAAGGAAGAAGAAGGCCCGCCCAGCUACACGGCCAAACGCUCAACUUUCCCCGUACGACUCAACAUUGUCAUCCAAGUCGUAGGCAGCCGGGGCGAUGUGCAGCCUUUCAUUGCGCUGGGCAACGAGCUGCAGCGCCACGGCCACCGCGUGCGGCUGGCGACGCACGACGUCUUCGACAGCUUCGUGCGCGGCGCCGGGCUCGAGUUCUACGGCAUCGGCGGCGACCCGGCCGAGUUGAUGGCCUACAUGGUCAAGAACCCGGGCCUGCUGCCCAGCAUGGCCAGCCUGCGCGGCGGCGACAUCCAGCGCAAGCGCCUGAUGGUCGCCGACAUGCUGGACGGCUGCUGGCGCUCCUGCAUCGAGCCCGACGCCGUGUCGGGCGCCCCCUUUGUCGCCGACGCCAUUAUCGCGAACCCCCCGAGCUUUGCUCAUGUCCACUGCGCCCAGGCCCUGGCUGUCCCUGUCCACCUCAUGUUCACCAUGCCGUGGAGCUGCACGCGCGCCUUUCCGCACCCGCUCGCCAACCUCAAGCACUCGGACACGGAUCCCAAAAUCGCAAACUUCAUCUCGUACGGCAUCGUCGAGUUCAUGACCUGGCAGGGACUGGGCGACGUCAUCAACAAAUGGCGGCGCCAAACACUCGACCUCGAGGCAGUGCCCAACAGCGAAGGCCCCAACCUGGCCGAGACGCUCAAAGUGCCCUUUACGUACUGCUGGUCGCCGGCGCUGGUGCCCAAGCCCGCCGACUGGCCCUCGCACAUCGACAUCUGCGGCUUCUUCUUCCGCGACCCGCCCUCCUACACGCCCCCGCCCGAGCUCGACGCCUUCCUGCGCGCCGGCCCGCCCCCCGUCUACAUCGGCUUCGGCAGCAUCGUCAUCGACGACCCGGAGAAGAUGACGGCCAUGAUCCUGUCGGCGGUGCGGGCGGCAGGCGCGCGCGCCAUCAUCUCCCGCGGCUGGAGCAAUCUCGGCGGCGAGGCGGCUCCCCCAGGCGUGUUGUAUCUCGGCGACUGCCCGCACGAGUGGCUCUUCCAGCACGUCGCGGCCGUGGUGCACCACGGCGGCGCCGGCACCACGGCCUGCGGCUUGCUCAACGGCAAGCCCACCACCAUCGUGCCCUUUUUCGGCGACCAGCCCUUCUGGGGCCGCAUGGUCGCGGCUCGCAACGCCGGGCCUAGCCCUAUCCCAUACAAAGCGAUGACGGCGGAGCGGCUGGCCGGCGCAAUAGCCUUCUGCUUGACGGCGGAGGCCAGCGCGGCGGCGCAGGAGAUAGCAGCGAGGAUGCGCGGCGAGGCGGGCGUCAAGGCCGCUGUCGCGUCGUUCCAUGGCGCGUUGCCGCCGCUCGAGGUCAUGGCGUGCGAGAUGCUGGCGGACCAGGCAGCGGCGUGGACGUGUCGCUUGGGGAAGCGCAAGGUGCGGCUGUCCAAGGCUGCGGCGUGCGUGCUGGUGGAGGCGGGCAAGGUGGACCGGAAGAAGCUGAAGCUCCACGCCACCAAACCCUUCUACAUCGACAACAACCGCUGGGACCCCGUCACGGCCAUCACGGCCUCGGGCAUCGGCACCCUCGCCGACCUGACUGAAGACACGGCCGGCAUCUUCUUCAAGCCCUACGAGGAAUACAGGCGCGGCCGCGUACCCAAAGCCGUGGUGGCAUCGGCGCCCGACCUCUCCCUCGGCGAGUCGUCGAGCGCCGGCGCGGCAAGAGAAACGCAGACGCAGCGCAGCUUCGCCAUCGAGCGCAAGCCCGUCCCUGGGCAGGCCGGGACGGGCAAAGCGGGCCAGCCAAUCGGCGCCGACGCCUCCUCCCCAACCGCCCCCAGCACUGCCUCCUCCACAGCCAGCAACAGCACCAACGCGUCCCGCUCCAGGGCCGCGGCCAUGGCCGCCGCCUCCGCCACCUCCCUCGGCAGCUUCUUCGUGCACUACGCGCACGGCACGCUGGUCUCGCUCCCCCUCGCCGCGGCCGACGGCCUGCGCGCCGUCCCGCGCCUCUACGGAGCCUCAGUGUCCCCCCGCGCACCAAUCACAAACUGGCGCUCCGGCGUGUUGGUCGCGGGGCGCGAGUUCAGCACGGGCAUGGCGGCGGGCUUGACGGACGUGUUUACGGAGCCGGUUCGAGGCUUGCGGAGGGGCGAGGGCGGCGUGGGUGUUGCGAAGGGCCUGGGGAAGGGGGUUGUGGCGCUGGGCGCGAAGACGGGCGCCGCGGCCGUGGGGCUGGUCGCGUAUUCCGGGUUGGGGGUUGCGCGGAGUUUGAGGGGCGUUUUUGCGGGGGAGGUGCGGAGGCGCGUUGAGGGGAGUGUGUGGGGGGAGGGGGCGUGGUUGGUGGGUGUUGGUGUUGGUGUUGGUGAUGGGCUGGUGAUGGAGGAGGGGGAGGGGCGGGAGUAG